GUAAACAAUUGAAUGAGUUUUGUAAUGGCGGUUACGCAUGGUGACAGUAUUGCUGGUAUUAUAGGGAUGUUAUAAGACUCUCGGGUGGAGAAGUCUGGUCAGUCAGGAUGAGAGCGGUGCAGUGUUUGCUGGUGCUGGUGUUGUUGCUGUGGCAGGCUUCGGCCGGGCCCGCUGUCAGCGUUUUGGGCCACGACCCCUCCUCCCACCCCCCAGCGCUGGCCGCCGUUUCCGAGCUAACCUCACGCGUGGCCAGCAAAGCCCCCCGCCUGAACAUGAAGGACGCCAGGUUCCCCAUCCCGGGGCCCCAGGACAUAGAGGCCAUUAAGAAGGUGGCGCAGAUCCUGGCCAUGCUGCGAGAACUGGUGAUCCCGGCCAUUAUAGGAGAGCCGAGCACCGGCGGAGCUGCCUGUGAUCCUGCAGAAGAUGCCCCCAACGACACCGUCACUGAAUAG